AUGACUUCCUCCGCUGCCGACGCUGCCUCUGCGCUGAAGCAGCAAGGCAACAAGGCAUUUGCGAAGCAUGAUUGGCCCACUGCCAUCGAUUUUUAUAGCCAGGCUAUCGACAAAUAUGAUAAGGAGCCUUCGUUUUUCUCUAAUCGCGCUCAGGCUCACAUCAAAUUGGAGGCUUACGGAUAUGCUAUUGCCGAUGCGACCAAAGCCUUGGAGCUCGAUCCGUCAUAUGUCAAGGCCUACUGGCGACGAGCGCUGGCUAACACGGCCAUCCUAAACCCGCGUGCUGCCCUCAAAGACUUCCGGUCCGUCAUCAAGAAGGAGCCCAACAACAGGGAUGCGAAAUUGAAGCUGGCAGAAUGCGAGAAACUGGUUCGCCGAAUGGAUUUUGAGAAGGCUAUCGAGGUAGCCGAGCCUGCGUCAGUAUUCGAGGACUUGGAUAUUGAGUCUAUCAUCGUUGAGGACAGCUACGACGGUGUCCAUCUGGGAGAGGAAAUGACGCAGGAGUUUAUCGAUGAUAUGCUCGAGAGGUUCAAGAAUGGAAAGAAGAUACACCGCAAAUACGUGUUCCAAAUCAUCAAGAACGUAUUAGACCUUGUUAAAGCGGAGCCGACAAUGGUGGAAAUAGGAGUGGAUCAGGGUACCAAGCUCACGAUAUGUGGUGACACGCACGGCCAGUAUUUCGAUCUCCUGGAAAUCUUCCGACUAAACGGUUACCCAUCGGAUACCCAUGCAUAUCUAUUCAAUGGAGACUUUGUCGAUCGUGGAUCGUGGUCGACAGAGAUCGCUCUUCUCCUCUACGCAUACAAGUGGCUGCGACCACAAAAGUUCUUCUUGAACCGAGGAAACCACGAGACGGAUGACAUGAACAAGGUGUACGGCUUCGAAGGGGAGUGCAAGGCCAAGUAUAGCGAGAAUGUUUUCAAAGUCUUUUCCGAAUCCUUCUCCGCACUGCCACUGGCUACGCUGGUCGGCGACAAAUAUUUCGUGCUCCACGGCGGCCUGUUUUCCGAUGACAAUAUAUCGCUAGAUGACAUCCGGAAAUUGAACAGGCAUAACCAGCGCCAACCGGGCCAGUCUGGCCUUAUGAUGGAGAUGUUAUGGACGGAUCCCCAACCAGCCCCAGGCCGUGGUCCGAGCAAGAGAGGCGUUGGUCUUCAAUUCGGACCUGAUGUGACAAAGCGAUUCUGUGAAAGGAACGGCCUGGAAGCUGUCAUUCGUUCGCACGAAGUUCGGAUGGGUGGUUAUGAAGUCGAGCAUGAUGGACGCUGUAUCACGGUAUUCUCGGCGCCCAGGUAUUGCGAUGCCACUGAGAACAAGGGUGCAUACAUCAACGUUGGACCGGAAUUGAAGCUCGAAUAUCAUGUCUUUGACGCGGUUCCUCACCCCGACAUCAAGCCAAUGUACUUAACGUCAGAUCCGACCAGUUUCGCUUCGGUGUCGGUUCGAGAGAGAUGGCCGGUUAUUCUUACUGGUGCAAUCGACGAUCUCCACCGGACAGUUUCCCAAGUCCCCGAUGCUGAAAACGAGAAGCAGGCCGAAGGGAAAAGUAUCAUUGAAGAGCUGGCCAAGUUGAAAUAUGAAGUGCAGCAUGAUCGCAAAUUGACCCCCUUAGUCGACGAUGGUGAACCUGAUAUCGCCGAUUAUAACAAAGAUCUGGAACAACGUGGAAAUCCAUCGUGGCAUAAUGUGCCAUGGCUCUAUUCUGAAUGCUAUCUUUACCGGCGGAUUGCAACGUUUUUCAACCUAUCCAAGUACUGGAAAGGCUACGAUGUGUUUUCACGCCAGAAGAUUUCUACCUUCAAAUCUUCUCGUCCGGCCGUCUUGGAACUAGCGGCAAGAUACAAAUCUCUCGCACUUGAGGUCGAGAAGGGUAGUCAGGGGCUCAGUCCAGCGCAGGUCGAAGACGCCGAGCGAUUGAUCUUCACCGAAAUGUGCGAAAUUUGCCUGUGGGGCAACGCAACAGACCUGUCGCUGCUCACCACGCUCACAUACGAGGAUAUCCAGAAACUACAAGGCUCUCAAGCGCGCAAAGCGUCGGAAAAGAACAUCAUUGUCAACGACACGAACGCCGCUUAUGACGCGCUGCGCGACGCCCGCAAAGAGAAGAAAGACGGCGAACGACGGGUCGAUAUUGUUCUGGACAAUGCUGGCUUCGAGUUGUUUGUCGACUUGAUUCUCGCUGGCUAUCUUCUCUCUGCGGGGCUCGCGACAACCGUCGUUUUGCGACCAAAGGUCAUCCCAUGGUUCGUUUCGGACGUAAUUCCAAAGGACUUUGCAGAUCUGUUGAACGCGCUUGCCAACCCGCAGGCAUUCUACACGGCCGCUGAUGACUCUGGUCAGCAGCAUGCACCUCUUUCGGAGAGGGAGGUGGAGGAAGUGAGUUUCCUGUUCGGUCAAUGGAGCCAGUUCCAUGCGGAGGGCAAAUUGGUUCUUCGACCGCACAGGUUCUGGACCGGGCCAGGCAGCUUCUGGCGUCUGCCUUAUGUAGCGCCUGGUCUUUACGAGGACUUAAAGACGGCCGAGCUUGUUCUUUUCAAGGGUGACUUGAACUAUCGCAAACUCACGAAUGAUGCUGCCUGGGACCCAACGACUCCAUUCACACAAGCCAUCGGACCACUCGGUCCCAAGUCUGGAGUCCGUAUUCUUUCUUUCCGAACUUGCAAAGCCGACGUUGUUGUCGGUCUUGCUCCGGGUGAAGACGAACGUCUCAGACAGGUGCCUGGUGGCGGCGGUGAUUCUGGGGCCAGGAAAUGGGCAUGGAGCGGUAAAUGGGCUGUUGUGUCGUUUUCUGACGGAAAGACUUGA